CCGCAGGCACCUCCCCACAGGCCGUGCAUGGACAGCGCCGCUAACGCCACCUCCCCCCGCGGCUUCCUCCUGCAAGGCUUCUUCGAGUUCCCGCAUCUGAGGCCCGCGCUCUUCCUGCUGUUGCUGGCCGUGCACCUGACCACGCUCAGCGGGAACCUGCUCAUCCUGGUGGCGGUGGCCUCGGUGCCUAGUCGGCCGCCCAUGCUGCUCUUCCUGUGCCAGCUGUCGGUCAUCGAGCUCUGCUACACCCUGGUGGUGGUGCCCCGCUCGCUAGCUGACCUGAGCAUGCCGGGCACCGCUAGGGGCAGCCCCAUUUCCUUUCUGGGCUGCGCGGUUCAGAUGCAGAUGUUCGUGGCUCUGGGUGGGGCCGAGUGCUUCCUGUUGGCCGCGAUGGCCUACGACCGAUACGUGGCCAUCUGCCACCCUCUGCGCUACGCGGCCGUGGUGACCCCGGGGCUGUGCGCACGGCUGGCCCUGGCCUGCUGUGUGGGCGGCCUGGCGGUGUCGCUGGGGCUCACAGCGGCUGUGUUCCACCUGCCCUUCUGCGGCUCCCGCCUGCUGGUGCACUUCUUCUGCGACAUCACCGCGUUGCUGCAUCUGGCCUGCACCCGGAGCUACGCGGAGGAGCUGCCGCUGCUGGGCGCCUGCCUGGUGCUGCUGCUGCUGCCCUCGUCGCUCAUCCUGGCCUCCUAUGGGGCCAUAGCUUCUGCCCUGCGCCGUCUGCGCUGUGCUGGGGGCCGUCGCAAGGCCGCGUCCACCUGCACCUCGCACCUGGUGGUCACCUUCCUGCACUACGGCUGCGCCACCUUCAUGUACGUGCGGCCCAAGUCCACCUACUCUCCGAGGCUGGACCGCACCUUGGCGCUGGUCUACACCAACGUCACGCCGCUGCUCUACCCGCUCAUCUACAGCCUGCGCAACCGCGAGAUCACCUCUGCCAUCUUCAGGGUGCUGGGGCGCUUGAGGCCGGCCCAAGCCAGAGGCCACGCGAGGGCCGAGUGA